AAAUAAGAAAAUGUUUAUCAAUUAUUAUUACCCUAAAACAGCCGCAAAACGUUUUAUUACUUUCAUUGGACAUUCAUAUCGAUCGUGUAGUUAUCGGUUCUUGUAAACCACGUGUCAUCAACUAAUCAAAAGACAACAUACUUUUAUCAUUAGGUUAUAAACGGAUUACACAAAUCGGUUAUUCAGCUCGGCACGACUCAAUGAGCAGCUGUAUCGAAAGUGUAGUAAAUGCUUGAUUGAGUUACGGAAGGUCUACUGAUGAUUGAUACUGUUUCGGGAAGUAGUUAGUGCUGUGCUUGUGACCGGUAGUCACGGAGAUCGGUCAUCAUGUUAUCGUGGGUACAACACCGAUGGACCGGCCUGUGCCUGCUAGUGAUGGGCCUAGGGGCCCUAAUGUUGUUUAUGUUCGGUUUCUUCCCGCUGAAGUAUCAUUCGGGAAAUUUGGCGCAUAUGAAUAAUUUGCCGAAUUUUAUUGGUGGAGUCAGUAUUGACGGGCAAGAAGUAUACAACUCGGGAGAGAACACAGUGGUUCUCAUGGUCAUAGACGGGCUCCGCUACGACUUUGUCACAGAAGAGUACAUGCCGUACACCGGACAGCUUCUGAAGAACAAAUCUGCUUGUAUAUAUGUAUCCGUAGCAGAACCACCUACAGUCACAAUGCCCAGGAUUAAGUCUCCAGAACUUAAGAAGGAAAGGGCACAGUGGAGGCGCACAAUAAACUUCUGGCGGGACAUAUUCGCCAUGAUGACAGGCAGCGUAUCGACCUUCGCCGACGUGGCGUUGAACUUCGGCGCGCCGGCCGUCCGCGGCGACAGCGUGUUGCGCGUGGCGGCCGAGAGAGGGCGCCGCUCCGUUAUGUACGGAGAUGACACCUGGCUCAGACUGUUCCCUGGACUUUGGGCUGAGUCUGAUGGGACCACGUCUUUCUACGUCACGGAUUAUACUGAGGUAGACAACAAUGUCACCCGGCACUUGGACAAAGUGCUGACACCCGACGACAAGAAGAAGCCAACGUUCGACUUCCUAGUGCUCCACUACUUAGGUCUAGACCAUAUUGGACACCUAGAGGGCGCUAGGAGCCCUAAGAUAAAGCCGAAGCUGCAGGAAAUGGACGAUGUUGUUAAGAAGAUCUUUGAGGCUAUGCAGAAAUGGGACCGGCCGGGCACCCUAUUUGUGUGUGGCGACCACGGCAUGCGCGACGCGGGCGGACACGGCGGCUCCACGCCCGCCGAGGUGCUGGUGCCUCUGGUCGCGGCUCGCACCGACCCCUACCAGUGCCCGCACCCUGACAGCCAUGGUCCGACAGUGGCCCAAGUGGACCUAGCACCGACUAUAGCGUGGUUGCUGAACGCGCCGCCUCCAGGCGACAGCACGGGCCGGAUCCUACCCGGGCUGCUGCCGGCCGGCAUCCUGCAGCGCCUCUACCUGCUGCACAUCACCGCGCGGCACAACGCCGAUCAGUGCGCCGGCAAGGCUGCUACUGAGACAGAAUUCUACAAACAAUUCGAACGUGCCGAGAAACAGUUCGCGCACUACCUCGCCACAGGGGAGAAAAGCGCUGCCAAGAUCGCCAAGGAAUUCUACGAGGACUCUUUGGAAAAGAUGGCCGAGUACCUUACAGAGGCCACUGUUGGGUUCGACUUGUUCGCAAUAGGAGUGGGCAUCGUUCUACUUUAUUGUAUCGCAGUAUCCCUCGUCUGCAUAACCCUCUACUCCCUCCAACCAGAAACCUCCCGCAAGCACAGCGCCCAUCGCCUCCACGCCACCUCCACAUGGGGCUCAAUAAUCGCCUUCAUCAGCGUCCUAGCAAUCACCAACAGCAUCCUAGUUCUCUCCUGUUAUAUCACUGAAACUAAAACACAACUUUGUUCCAUGCGAGGCAUCUGGCUCGCGAUUUUUCUGCUAGUCUCUUGUGUUUUAUCCAUGUCGUAUUGGAUCAUCAAAACGAGCGUAGAGAAGAUUAAAGACUUGUCUUUGUUGAGAGACUUGAACGCCAUAGAUUAUCUACUAAUUAUAGGUACCCUGUUCCAUUCUUGGUCCUUCUUUGGUACCAGUUUUAUAGAGGAAGAGCAUAUGACGUGGUAUUUCUUCUGGAACACAUUAAUGUUCUUCAUAUUAGUGCGGACGGUGGCGGUGGUUGUUAUAUACUUGUCGAGAAAACUGAGCGGCGCUACGGAGGUGCAGGAAAAACCUGAACUGGAGCAAAGGAUGAGUGCGGUCGGAAUUGGGAUCGUGCCGAAAUGGGUGCUGCUUAUUGCUUUACACAGGUAUUUAAGGACAAUGAACCAGACAGGAGACCGCUGGCUGUUCCUUCCGGAUACAGCGGACUGGUUGAAGGCGCCCGAAAACGCCUUCUAUCUCCAAGCACAUCUAGUCAUUGGAACCGUAGCAACUUUAGGAAUAUGCCUCUACAACCUCCGGCACACCAACAACCUCGGCCACCUCCACACAAUCUUCACAACAGCCGCCGCCCUAUGCAUAUUCUGCUACCGCAUAGCCACCGACUCUCUUGACACGCCCUUCGAAGACAUUAAAUCCUGGGACACGGUCCAUAUAGUCAAUGUCUUCUGGUUUAUAUUAAUCGCCCAAUUCGUAUUCGAAUUUCUAACCUACGUCGGUGUAUUCAAAAAUUGCGGCGUCAACCCAGCCACCCGUAACACUGUAAGCAGCAACCGAUUCGACUACAAUAAAUCUAAAGCGAAAACCGAGGACUAUUUCUACGAACCCAUGAUAGAAGAACCUUGGAACUUAGAAGAAGUGAAGCUGAAUCUGGCUCGUUCGAUGUCGCACCUUAUGCUGAACGACUUAAUGUUGAUAAUCGCUCUGCUGAUGCGGCCGCAUAAUGUGAUAAUGGUGCCGAGUGUGUACGUAACUUGUGUGUUGACGUCGAAGUGUAUGGACCAUAAGUUGCUGGAUUCGAGAUCGGGGAGGAAUACGGAGGUGGUGGAUAUUUUGAGCCGGACGCUGGUGCACGUUUGGAUUGGGUGUCUUUUCUUCUUUUACCAGGGCAACUCCAACAGCCUAGCGUCAGUAGACCUAGGGUCCGGCUACGUGGGGCUGCGCUCGUACUGCGCGGUGCGCGUGGCGCUGCGCAUGGGCAUCCACGCCUACGCCGGGCCCGCGCUCGCCGGCGCCGCGCUCUACUGCCGGCUGGCGGCCGAGGCCAGCAGCUGGAGGCAAUACCUCCAAACAGUAUGGCGAGCGACCAACAUAUUCGCCCUCCAACGAGUAUACUCCGUAGCCGUAUACUGCGUAGUAGCCACCGUGUUCCGACACCAUCUAUUCGUCUGGACGGUCUUCUCGCCAAAGCUGCUUUACGACUUCGUGGCCAUGACCUUCACUAUACAAGCUUUAGUUACCAUAGCCGAGAUAAUAGGUCUAACGCACUUGACUAGUUGGAUAGCGCAAGCGUUUGUGAGUAAGUCGAGACUGUGAUAUAUUAGAAUAGUUAGCGUUUUCUUAUUCCAGUAUUUAUGUAGAGUGUUUUUUUAUUUGGCAACCGGUUUCCCAGUACUGAAACUGAAAAAGAUGUACAGAUAUCGACCGUAAUGCCUUAAUAUUACGGUUGAAACGUGUCCAUGCACUUUUGAACGCCAGUUUACCUAAUAUACUAAAGAAAAUGUGACCAAGUCAGGUGGCCAAUGGAUUGCCAGUUGCUUCAGUGUUACGUUGUAGGUAGAUAUUUCUCUUUCAUAGGAGCCAUUGUGAGUCUGACUAUGAAUUUAUUUUGCGUUCUUGUAAAAUUUUACUUAGCCCGUUUCCAGGCAUAGUACGAUUUAUUGACCACAUACGCGCCAAUAGAAUUUUCAACUUUACCAUUCAGAAUAUUCAGAUUAAAGUUUCAAAUUCGAUUGCAAUUUCGGGAAAUGUGACUUGGCUUCAAAUAAAUCGUCAAAGCUGGAUUCAUUGGAAUCAUAGACUAGGAAUCCUCUAGACCGAGUUUAGAGCAAUUAUUUCAUGCAACCGAUGAUGCCAAAAAUGCGGGGGUGCGCGGAACGAGGUGAGCGAAGUCCCGUGCCGUGAUUGGUCCGUUAAAAGACACGGACGUCACACAAAGACACUUUCGACUCGAACAUGGAGUAAAAUUACCGUAUGCGUGGCAGAGAUGUCUUGUCUGUGAUUGGAAUAAAUAUAUUUAGAUUUUUUGGGAAAACCUUGUAGAUUGUUGCGGCCUGGAAAUGGGUUAAAACCAAAUUUUAAUUUACAAAUUUGUAUUGUAUGGCGGUAUAGAUUUAAUUAGAACUAGUCGUGCUAGAAUGUUACAAUACUGUAUUGACAAUAUUAACAUAAAACGGGCUGAACUAUAAUGACUUACGGUCGCGGUUGACAUAAUUAUCUACCGCGUCUAGAAAAACGUGUCCUAGAUAUAUAUAAAUGUAUUAUUUGACCAUAUUCAAUGACGUUUCGGAAUUAUGACGUUAAUUUAUAAAAAAAAAGUUUAACAUUGUAUGAAAUGACUUCUUAGAAUAUUGAAUUAAAUCAAAAGGGGACGAAGUUGCGUAGCACUCCAAUAAGCAAUGUAAAUUUGUCGUUGACUAUACCUGACGUACACAUAUAUUAUUAUUUAAUAUCUGGAAGACCGAGCUUUGCUCGGAAAACAUAUAAAAACUCAAAAAUGCGCGUUUACCCAGAGAUAAGACCUAGCUAGAUCGACUUUCCGCCCCCGAAAACCCCCAUAUAGCAAAUUUCAUCGAAAUCGUUAGAGCCGUUUCCGAGAUCGCCGAAAUAUAUAUACAUUUUUUUUUAAUAGCCUAUAUUGUGUCCCACUGCUGGGCAAAGGCCUAUAAAUAAAUAAAUAAGUAAACAAGGAUUGCUCGUUUAAACUUUAAAGGUAUUAGAUAGAUAGAUUAUAUAUGACAUGACCUACCGACACUAUGUCAGGGCCAAAUUGAAUCACGUCAUGCCUUAGUUGACAUAAAUGGUUCAAUAACAAUUGAAAAAGUCCCAAAGCAUUCCGAUGUAACAUCAGUGUGUAUCUUUUUUUUUUAAGUCACGAAAGUUUAUUUUUUAUUUCUAGUCACGAUACUUCAAUGAGUUGAUGUUAUGUUAUGAUAUGUAACAAAUGUGAAAAAAACUAGCUAGAGUCGCUACUCUUACAAAAACAAAAAAAUAUAUACGAAAUAUUUAUUUAGAAAUAUAUUUCAAAAUCGUACGUUAGAUGUUAGAAUGACGUUAGUGUCAAGGUUGAAUUCCAAGGUGGCGUCUCUUACUUCAAGAAAAACUUAAUUAAGAAUUUAAUUACUUUCUAACAUCUUACGUACUCUAACACGUAUGUAAAUAAAAGAAAAAGUGUCUUCAACAACGUUUAUUAGUGUUUAAUCGAACAAUGUUUUUAUUUAUUUUUUUAAACGUGGGGCGUUAUAGACCCUUACACCAAACCAUUGUCCUAAGUUAAAAUAAAUCUAAUUUACUACGUCACAUGUUGCUAUAAUGAUAUUCUGAUAUGAUAUCAGAGUAUUUAUAGUCAAUGUGAUGUAAAAGGGCGAGGUACUUCCCAUUUGUUCUAUAGAAUUGAAAUUCUUACACCUUCAGUGCAUUAACAUAAGCUUAAUUUAGUAGCAAAAGUUGAAUUGAAAGAAAUGCCGGUGGACAAAGAUUCCUUCAAGUUAAAUGCAUUUUUGGUUUACGUACAGUCAGCAGCAGAAGUUGCUAAACGGGUGAGGUAUUCAAAAUGACCUUGACACGCUCUUAUUCUCUUAACAAUAAAGUCGCGUCAAGAUCAUUUUGAACACCUGACCCGCUUAGGAACAUCUGCUGUUGCUUGUACGCUGGACGUUGCCGACUAACUGAGUACAUAUUUAUUCAAAUAUUUUUAGGCAUGAGAAGUGUACAUUCUAUAAAACAAGUGGGAAGUAAAUAUUCUCGAAGUUGGAGACAUUUGAAUAUGAAGGCUUAUUGAUACUACUAGAUAUAAUUAUAAAUAUUAAUUUGCCUUUUCAUUCAGUAAGCAUUUCAGUGUCCACAAUUCGAGAAUUCCACUUUAAUUAAAUAAUCGUCAUGUUCACAGUGAAAUCACAUUUAUAUUGCGUGUUUAGACCAAUUAUUUAAGUUCUACUUUGUAUCAAUACGAUUGAAGUAUUAAUAUCGAUAAUUGUCUACUUUGCGUAUAUACCCAUGAUUUUACGUCUAUAAAAAUAAUGAUCGCCCUCCAUUUUCUUUAUUUCAAUUUUAUAACCAAUUUAAGCAUCUAUAAUAUAAUGUUAAUAGAACAAAAAUGCAGAAAUUAAAGCACCAAUGAUUUGAAAGUAAAUAAUUAAUAAAA